GGGCACUCCACUUCAUACAGCUCCUGCUGAAUGGGUUUGUCUCUUUCAGUCUGGCGGGCUGCAGGCGGAAGCGAGGUUGGGAGAGCGCGAGCGUCUCAGGAGACAGAGGGCGGAGUCACACAGGGGCCCUGUCCAAUGGGCAGGGACCGUGGCCGGAGCUCCUGCCCUGGAGCACGCGCAGUAGUUGCCUAGUUGUUGUGCGCGGGACGUACGGAAAAGUAGCGGGGUUCGGAAGGAGAAGAGGCAAAAAUUCUGAGACACGAACAAGUGUAAACAAUGGAUGAUGACUUCACUAUUUCCCUCACACCCCCAUGCCUCACUGAAAGCUUAGAGAUGGCGAUGGAAGUGGAAAAGGAGAACUCCAGACCCCCUUGUUUUUCCUGUACUUUAGACAAUCGAGAUGGAGGGAGAAACUUUUCUGUAGAGUCUCAUCUAGCAAGUGGGUCUCUUAAGAGGCUUUUGCUGAGGCUGGAUCCUUCUCCAACUGACUAUGAAGAAGAUACAGUGGAAAUAUUUGGCUUUCAUUGGGUUACUGAAAUUGCUUUAGUUGAGUCCUGUAGACUUCUCUUUGGUUUACUUAGGCAACACAUACACAAAUUGGAAAACCUAGUACAGAUGAGUUCAUCAGACUUUGGUCAGGCUGCAAACCUGCACUCGGAAGCAGGCAACAUCAGACACGAGUGUAUUGUAUUUCUGCAUUAUGUGAAGGUGUUCAUUUUCAGAUACCUGGAAUCACACAAAACAGAGGAUGACGGGCUACUUCAUCCAUAUGAAGAACUGGAAGUCCAGCUCCCUUCAGUGCUGGUUGAGGAGCUUCAUGCCUUGACCUUACAUAUUGGACAUCUGUAUGAACUCCCAAGUAGUAUCCUGGGAGCAUUUACCAUUCAACAUCAGGCAAAGCUGUUUCCUCCAUCGUGGCAUUUACUGCAUCUCCACUUGGAUAUCCAUUGGCUAGUGCUGGAAAUUCUUCAUGUCCUAAGCGAGAAGAUGCUGCGACAAAUUGUGUAUGCUCACCAAUUUAUGAAUCUAACAGGAGAAAAUUUAACCAAUAUCAGUUUAUUUGAAGCACACUGUGGAAACCUCUUCUGUGAUUUGAUAAACUUGUCAAUCAACAAAUAUACAAAGGUUAGACCAUCAGAGGCUUUAACUAGUCACCACUACCCCUGUAGCUGCAUUAAGGAAUUAUGGGUUCUGCUUAUUCAUCUGCUGGACCACAGAAACAAAGGGUCUCAUACAGAGUCUUUUUGGAGCUGGGUGAAUAAAUUCCUAAAGAAGGUCUUUGAAAGACCCAGUACUGCAGAAGGGAUGUCUGUUUUUGAGCCAGUGCAGUGCAAAGAUCCAUUAAGUUUUAGCUGGUGGAUUAUUACUCAUCUGGCAUCACUUUACCAGUUUGACCGUAACGGAAAUGUAGAGGAAAAGAAACAAGUAGAAUCCAAUUGGAAUUUUGUGGAAGAACUGCUGAAAAGGUCCACUGAUGCUCAAGCUGCUGUGUUAGAGGAACAGGUACGAAUGCAUCUUCAGUGCUGUUUGACUCUGUGUAGCUUCUGGAACUUGAAUCUACCUACUGUCACCAUACUCUGGGAGUAUUACAGCAAGAAUCUGAAUAGUUCCUUCACCAUUCCGUGGCUUGGUCUGAAGGGUCUAGCAAGUGUUAGUAAAACUCCUUUGUCUAUGCUCAAAUUGGUGAAAAGCUGUUGUUCUGACCAGCAGAGCCCUGACCUGUAUAAGUCCAGCAACAGUUACCUAAUUUUUCUCUGUAUUUUGGCACAAAUGAUGAAAGAAGCAAUGGAGAGCAAUGUAACCCAUCCUUGGAAACAAAUUAAAGGAAGAAUUUAUUCCAAGUUCCAUCAGAAAAGAAUGCGAGAGCUGACAGAGGUGGGGCUGCAGAACUUCUUUAAUCUUUUCCUUGUGUUAGCGGCUGUUGCAGAGACAGAGGACAUUGCAAGUCGGGUGUUGGAUCUCCUGAAUUUUCUUAGCCCAACCUCCAUUAGCACAUCUCAGAGAGCUCUCAUUUGGAGAGGCUACUUUGCCUUCCUUUUAAUGUAUAUUGAGAAGAACAUGGACAUCAGCAUUCUAGCUGAGAAACUUUCACAUGCUUUCUGUGAAAAGGCAAAGGAGUUUUUGGUAACUAAGAAUGACCACACACACAAACAAAAUCUCUGGACACCACUCUCCACUUACAUUGAUGGUGUUCAAGAAGUGUUUGAAACCAGCUGGAACUUGAACCUUUCCCAGGAAAAGUUGUUGAACGAUGGAUUUAGUAUGUUGCUCCCAGCUUGUCGAGGAACUGAACUCAACAUGGUCCUAAACUUUCUGCAGGAUGUUCUGUCCAGGCUCAGGCAUUGUGGCAAAGUGAGUCUUAAGAGAAGGUUUUGGCAGGAGGCAAGGAGUGUGCACAAACGUAUGAUCCAGGGACCUCAGCUAGGGAAAACAGGCCCAAACACACAACUUCCAUUAGUGACUAAAGAGCACCACCUUCCUGUUGCCAGUGCUCUCUGGAGAAAUUUUUUCCCCUUCUUGAAGAGCCAAAGGAUGUCACAGACACUGCCUCCUCCACAGCUUGCAGAUACAGCUGCAGGUUUUACUCUGUUAGCUUUGGACAUGCCCUGUACAGCUCCAUCAGAUCUCCAACCACAGCCUGUUUUAGCAAUGAUGCAGUUGUUUGGAUGGGAUGAUAUGGUGUGUCCCCAGCUGGUAUCAAGAUAUCUCAGUCAUCUAAUACAAAACAGCACAUUGUCUGAAGCUUUUUCUGGUAUGGGACAUACAUCCUAUGAAGCCUUGUCAGUACGUUCUUGGUUUCGAUGCAUUUUACAAAUGUACAUUGAUCAGCCUGCUGGUACAUUGACCAGGACAGAUGCUGAGCGAACAGUUGGGAAAGUUUAUGUGGAGCAGCUGACUGAAAUGACAAGGUUGGUUUUUAAACUCUCAGAAAUAGAAAACAUCUUCUCAAAGGCACAUUUUGAUGAGUCCGUCUUCAAGCAAGACCCUAAGAAUGCUCUUGUUCAAUUCAUUAAGGCUGUUGGUGUAACUUACAGCGGCCUUCAGACUGUAGCUGAGAAAUCUGCCAUGGUAACAAAGACUUUGGAAUAUCUAGGUGACGUGGUAAAAUAUGUAAAACCUUAUUUGCAGAAGAAAGGACCUGCUGAAGGCCUGCAGCUCACUUACUCGAUUAUAGGAGGCCUUGUAAAGUUCUGGGCACCAAUACUGGCAACUUCCAAAGCACAACAGCUUUUGUUCCGCAUCAUAGAUAGCUUGCUAUUGCCACUUGUCGUGUUUCAGCAAGACAAAGAGCUGCCUGCCGUUAUGCUGUCUGCCAUUCGGGAAAAUCUUCCUCUUUAUCUUCAGGGCUUGUCCUUUAUAUGCUGUCAGUCCCAAACUCAAGGUGCCUAUUUGAACCAACUGCUAGGAAGCGUUAUUCAGCAGUAUUUUGGGCGCUUUCUCCCUCCUUCACCAAAUUCUCCAGGAAUUGGACAGCAUCCCAUGCUGCUGGCAUUAUGCAAUUCUAUUACCGUCCCACAGACCUUACAUCUGCGGAAGACCACUGCGCAUGUCAUAAAGGAAAACUACCUCCAGUUCAAAGGUAACUCCCCUCCUCCUCGCCUGGCCUCAGUUCUGGCUUUCAUCCUUCAAGUAUUUCAAAGAACAAAGAGCACUGAAGUAUGUGACAUUGAGUUGUUUCUCCCUGCUGUGUUGAAAUGCAUGGUGUUAGUUAAUGAAACACAAGUUAAAAAACUAUCUAGUGAGAUUCUGCAGUAUAUGGUAGAAGGCUGCCAAGCAGGUUUGGGAAGAGAACCUGCCACCCAACUGACUUCUGUGUUUAGGCAGUUUAUCCAGGACUAUACCACCGUAUAUGAUCAUCAGGUUUACAGCAUCCUGGAAGUAGUGGCAGUCUUGGCUCAGCCCCUAGUUAUCAGUCUGAUUCCAACAAUCACACAGUCCCUGAAGGAUUCAGAGCACAAACAAGGGCUUGGCAGAAACACUGCGCAAAGGUACACUUUGUAUUAUUAUUGCUUUUUGUCAGUGAACCACAGAGGUGUAUUCUCUUGGUGGAUGGCAACUUUAGACUGCAGCACAGAUUUCAUGUAACUGAUGUGUAAGUAC